AUGCCGCCCUCGCCGGAACAGCUAUCUGCGAUUUCCAUCACGGAACGUGUCUGCUCGGCCGUCUCGCUGGUUGGCACUUUCGUGAUUGUCGCGACGUUUAUCGGAUCGCGAUCGUUUCGGAAGCCGAUUAAUCGCUUGGUGUUUUAUGCCUCUUGGGGCAAUAUUAUGGCUAAUAUAGCCACGUUGAUUUCUCAGUCGGGUAUCCAUGCUGGCGUGGGUAGUCCGCUUUGUCAAUUUCAAGCCUUUUUAAUUCAAUGGUUCAUGCCGGCAGACGCCCUGUGGACAUUCGCAAUGGCCUGUAACGUCUACUUGACCUUCUUUCACAAGUAUAACUCGGAUCAGCUACGCCAGCUAGAGUGGAAGUACAUUAUCGGCUGUUACGGUUUACCAUUUAUUCCGGCCUUUAUAUACUUUUUUAUCCACACCCCAGCGCGUGGCCGGGUAUACGGCUCGGCGAUUCUAUGGUGCUGGGUCGCUCGUCCAUGGGAUUUCCUCCGACUAGCAACCUUCUACGGUCCGGUCUGGUUCGUCAUUUCACUCACCUUCGCCAUCUAUCUACGCGCCGGCUCGGCGAUAUACCAAAAACGACGGGAACUACGAUCACUGGAUAAUUUCGACUCCCUCGAUACAGAGAUAGGCACCCAUGCCCCAUUAGUCAAUCUCGCCGGUAUCCAGGUAACCAGUGAAAUCGCAUGUUCUGAGCCAGAACGCCGGUCUGUCGCAGUUCCCAAUGUCGAUAUCCGAGUUCCCGCCCGUAGCUUCUCAUCCUCUAAUUUCUCUCCGUACUCUGUCACUAUUGAGGGUGGCAUGGUGGAUCCGAUUAGCAUGUAUCAGAACUCAGAAGAACGGCUUUCAUCUAUUCAGGCUUCGAGCUCGAAGCAAGAUCCGAGAUUGUCGAUGUCUCUGAAAACGUCUCGUUCUGACGGUAUGGAGACGUACUCUCAGCGCCGCGGGAUUAAUAGGGAGGCUACUUCAGCGGCGUGGGCUUAUACCAAGUAUGCGAUGUUAUUUUUUAUCGCGCUGCUUGUGACGUGGGUAAGUUAUCUUCCUCGGGCAAUCGCUGCUCAAUUUUAUCGGGGCUAG